CAGCUAAUAGUCUAAUAUGACUAUAGGAAAAAAAUAUUUAUGAAACAAGCCUGCACCUGUCACAGCCUGUGGGAGCGUAAAGUGGAUAAACCAUGUAAAACAUAUAUAAAUCCUUUAUCAUAUGUUGUGGUUAUACAGGAUUAUACGUAAACUAAUGAGCCUAUUAUUUUAUAUUUAUGAAUGAGUUAUUUAAAUGCUGAUGUUUGAUAGGGGAAAGGGUUCGUUUGAUAAUAAUCUACACAUUUAGCCCCGGUAAAGGAUCGUCCAAUCAGCGAUUAAAACGGCUCUAAUCGACCGCCUUCCGGGGCUCUUAUUGGCUGCUGAGCCUGUCAGUCUGUGUCGGCUGCUAGGUUGCAGUGAGACUGAAGUGUUGUCGGUAACAAACAGCAGCGUUACACCGCCGGGGGACAUCAAUGGUGGAGAAGGCGUUGAUUCCGGGCCAGGUCUGAGAGAGACCGUUAGUGGGGCUUAUGGAGAGCUGAGGCCGAGGAUGCGGUUAACGUCCUUAAUGAUGUUCACAUCCACAGCCCUGCUAUUCAUUCUCAUCGGAUAUAUCGGGUUUGCGGAAUCUGCCCCUCGCAUCAGUCCCAGCGAUGCGUCGCCUGUCUCCGGUAGGAAGUCCGGCUCAGCCUCACACACCUGGGACCCCUUCCUGCCCGGCAGCGCUUCAUCUGGGAUCAGAUCCGGGUUCGGUCCUACGGCUGGGAUCCCCGGCAGCUCCGGCUUUAAAACGGCAACCACCUUCCAGCCUCCGACCACCGCCACCAGUCGCUCCACUGCCCUCCGCGGCGCAGGGAUCAUCUCCCCCAGUAAGGAACCGAUAACAGCGCCGAGCUCCCGGCUGACCGGGACGCGCAAACGCUCCACCGAAGCUCAGACACUUUACAGCCCGGAGAAAACGCUGCAGACCAUGGUGUCCAUGGUUUCCCAGCACACCACCAACGAUGCCUGGGCUGCGGACGCCGCGGAUCCACCUGAUACCUCAGUGGAGAACCAAGAGGCGGUGUGCAACUGCAGCAGCGGCAGUGAGGGGAUCGACGAUCCGGACAAAUGCAACCAGAGCACCGGUCAGUGUUCGUGCCUGACGGGCUACGCCGGCCUGCAGUGUGACGAGUGUGAGGAGGAGUACUUCACCAACGGCACCAGUGGCUGUCUGCCCUGCUCCUGUGACUCUUUUGGCGCAGUACACCUCAACUGCGACAGCUCAGGGACCUGCACAUGUAAGACAGGAGUGUACGGGACCAAGUGUGAUGACUGCCACCCUGGUUUCUUCCACUUCAGCAACACCGGCUGUCGGCCCUGCCAGUGCAACAACCACACCAGCUACUGCCACCCACAGUCCGGUGAGUUUGCAGAAGAUGGGGGCCACCGACUUGGACCACGUCAUGCCUGCCCUGUAAACAACACGCCCACUUUCUGCAAUCAGAGAGCGGUGAUGUGA